AUGAUGGGAAAGGAAGAGAAUUCCUUUUUCAUGGACAAAUCAACAAUUGUCAAUUUUUUCAAGGGAAAAGGAAGUAAUAAUACUGUUAUCUAUGACAGUUUAUGUAAAGCACUUAAUUCAAUGGAAAAUUGGACAGCAGAAAAAAUUGAUAAUUUUAUAUUAGAAUUCGUCGAUCUUGGUAAAUAUCUCGAUCAACGAUGUUCAGCAUUUGCUAUCAAUUGGACGAUAAUUGGUCGGGAAAAUCGAAUUAAAUUUGUUAAUUUGUUACAAAAUAUCGCUUUACAACAUAUUUGCCAUACGGAGUUGAUUAUUGAAUGUUGUAUUGAACAGUUCAUUCCUAGAAUUGUGAUUACGUUAGAAGCAGAAGAAAGAACUGCUGAACAGACGAAGCAUAAAGUGAUCAGUCUUGCAGUUGGGGAUGAUGAACAGAAUCAUGUGUAUGAAUUGGCACAUUCCUCACUUUUUUUUAUUCUUAAAUGUUAUCCUAUGGCUGUAAAACAUAUUAAGAAUAAGGUGGCAAAAUCCUACCCUCAUUUUUCGAUAACGACUCUUCGAUAUACGGAAUAUGUGAAAAAUAUUUUCUGCAUCAUGGAUUAUUCUCCCAACAUUCGUGCUGAACUUUGGUCAAUAAUAAUCGAACAUCUUAUUCAAAUGGAUGCUGUGAUUUCUAAGGAUUUCGAAUCAAUCUUUUUUGAUGAAAAUGUUAAUAAUAGUGAAAUUGAUGGUAUUUUUUCUAUGGGUAAUGAAGGAUCAAAUCGAAAAAUACUUCAGAAUGUUCAGAAUAAUGAAAGGAAACAGAAAUUAGAUAUAUGCAUGUGGUAUGCCUUUGCCUAUAUAGCCAAAUCGCGAGGAAUAAGCAUUGCAUCAGGUUCAAAUUAUUUCAUUAUCGCUUUAUUUUAUGGCUAA